AUGUCACAGACUGAACACAGUGCUGUUUCAUUCUGUGAUUUUAGUUUUGAAGCUAUACUAUGAAGGCCACAAUAUUUAAGCUUGCGGUAAUCUUUACGGUGUUAACUACAUAUGUAAAGGCAAAAUCAAGACUAGGGCCUAUGGUCACAGAUAAGGUAUGUAAGUUUCUUUGCUCUCUCUUAUUAUAAUUAUAUUCUGUGGCUGAUAAUAUAGACGUAAUAAUUUGUGAACAAUGAUACGCUGUUAUAAUAUAACAUGUUAUAUGCAUGUAUUUAUAUGCGUAGAGCUGUACCGUGUACGUCGACUGAACGCAUUUAUUUAAGUGUAAGUCGAUUUAAGAUCUAUUAUUUGUAUCGUUCAUUUAAUAGGCAAUUGUAAUAUUUCAUCCCCCAAUGGCUCAUGGCUGCAUUGGACCGGUGAAAUACAGGGUUCCAAAUGAGGCCAGUUGUGCCUGGGAACCCAAUCUCAUAAAUUUUCCAAUUUUAGGCAAAGAAAUGGUAAAAAUUGAAAAACUAGGCAACCAGAAAGCGUAAACUAGGACACCCUGAUAUAGGUCACAAAAUUGGUUGUCAGUUUGUGUUGUGUACGUGUAUUCUACAUUAUCGUGCUUAAUUUCGAAAUAUUCUGCUAUAUACCCUGUGUAAAGCUGUUUCCGUAUUAUAUUAUUAAUCUCUGUUUUAGGAAUGUUUUUAUUCUGUCAACAUGUCUAGAUUUAGAUUAAAACAACGUCAUUACGCGCGAUUGGUAUUUUGGAGUCUGGGAACGUCCUAGUUUUUGACGACAACAGCCUAGUUUUUUUCCAAAUAAGGUAAUUCUAGGACGUUCUCAGACCCCUGCGCACAAAAAACUAGGACGUUUCCAGUCUUCUUCACCUUCUCACGCCCAGAAAACUAGGCAGUUUGCAUUUAUAUAAUUACAAUGCGUGAUAUCAAAUUACAUUUGCGCAAAUCUGUCGCAAUAACAUUGGCGUAAACAGAAAAAAAGCAAGAAAUAUAUUCCUUGUAUUCAGUACAGCUACAAAUAGUACAAUGUACUGAAUAUUGGUUAUUACGCUUAUCACUCAUUUAUCGAGGCAAUGAUUAUUCACGCAAAUAACGCAAUGACGAAUUGUGAUUCAUGUUUGGCAUACAUUACAUCAACUAAAUUGGAUUCUUCGGUGUUGUUUUUAAAGCUGUUGUUUCUAAUAAUGUGGAUUGUGGGCAUAGGUAUGGUUUUGUUUUUUAGUUUGAGUACUAAAACUAGAGUUUUUAUUAUAUAAACCAACGUCUAUAUAUAGACUCUAUACAUGAAUUGUAAAAGUAUAUCACACUCAUCUCUAAGCUGUACUUGACCUUUAAAAACGGUAACUUUAUGACGUCACAGCUAACAUGCAAAUUGUCUGGUAUUGAUUUUCAAAAGAACUUAGAACGGCAAUUUUAUAAAGACAUUACCAAUACCAGAAAUGCUAAUUAUAAUGUUUUAUAGUGCAGUCAUACCUAACAUGCCAAUUUCCAUCAGUACUGGUAUCAAAACCUUUACAGACAUAUAUUACUAAAUAUAGUACGUAUCAAAACAUGUAUCAUUAAUUCAUUUGCGUUAACCUUAUAAGCCUCUCGCAAAAAAAAGUUUUAGGGGGGGUACUUGAAAACUUGAAAAUUGGGCUAUUAACUGUUUUAAUACUGAACCCCAGGCACAAGAAAAAUGCCAUUUGGAACCCUGUGAAAUAUGUAACAAUAUUGCACUUCCACGGCAUUCGAAACUACAUUUAAUUGCACAAUUUCGCCUUCCGAGUUACGCGAUACUUACGAAAAAAUAAUUUUUAAUUGUCUUUCGUUUUUGGCUACUUUAGUUGAUACAAAAUUCUUAUCAUUUUUAUUUAAUUUAACAUUUUUAUUUAACUAUUUACAAUAAUAAUUACUAAUAUUAUAUUAUAUUACAGAGGGCUAGAGGCCAUUGGAAACCUGUAUAGGCUUCCAAUGGCCUCUAGCCAUAUGUAUGAUUUAGUUAUCUUAUCAUAUGUAUGAUUUAGUUAUCUUAUCAUAUGUAUUAUUUAGUUAUUAACGGACAAUAUUGGGGGGAGGAGGGGGGGGGGGGAUAGAGAUCGCCAAGUGUUCCAGUAAACGCGACAAUAGGCCAAAUAGGGUAUGUGACCAAAUUUACUAGUUGUGUUCAUGAUAAGUUCGAAUAUGCUUAAGGCAUUGAGAGCACAUGCUUUCUCAGCCUUUCUCUCAACUAUACAAAUAUAUACUCUUGUAAGUUGUUCAAAUACGAUGACGUAAGGCAUGAGUCCAUAGCUUUGUGAUUGGACACUUUGAAUUCGAGGUAUAAAAUUCUUAGUAUAAUUAAGUAUAAGGAGAUUAUUGAAAAUUCCCCACGCUGAUUGGUUGCCGUUGAGGUGAUUAUAACGCGAUAUUCACCUACAUGCGAUUUUCGAAACGGCGGCCGAAGCCGUUUUGUAAAUUAAAUGACCAAGAAAUAUUUUUAAACUUUUUCCAAAUAAUCACCUGAACCUAUAAAAUCAUACGAAAGUUAUUCACCUCUGGCUCAGUGAUUAAUUAUCGUGAAUAGAAACCUUGACUUUGUGUCGGUUGUUAUCCAGCGAUAAUCACCUCGUUUUCGGCGAAAAGUUGUUAAAUAAAAUAACUCAGUCAGCAAACAAUGAUAUUAAUAUAUUAUUAUCAUUUGUUCUCUUCCAAAACAACUGGUGCUCUCGAACACUAAUUCAGAGAUCAGUCAACGUUCUUGGCUUGCUUGCGUGACGGAAGUACAGUAUCACUAUAUACACUGUUAUUUUCAGGGAGUUAAAAUAACUCCGGAAAAGGGGGUUAGCAAAAAAGGUUCAAAAUAAUCCGUUUUUUGGGGUUACAAAUAACUCCAUUUCUGGGGUUAAAAUGUAACUCCACUUUUGGGGGUUAAUCUAACUCUCAUAUUGGAGUUAAAAUCUAACCCCUAUACAGGGGUUACAUAAUUUUAACUCCGUUUCAGGAGUUAAACCGGUACUCUUGAAGACGUUUCCUCAUCUUUUUAAUUAUUUUUACACAUUUUUAAUGUUAUGAAAACCAAAACAAUGAAAAAACAUCACUUAGUUUUCAUAACAUUAAAAAUUGCGUAGAAAUAAUUUAAAAAUGAGGGAAAAUCUUCCGAGAGCGUUAGUUUACGGAACGCUUUCUAACUACUUCAUGCAACUUACCUCGUAAAACGGGGAAGUAUCGAGAAACCUACCAAUCAGUCUAAUUAUACUAAGCCAAUUGCUUCAUCUAAGCCAAAAAGUACGCGAGAAAGUUUUCUGUGAAAUAUAUUUUAUACAAACUAGCCAUGUAUUUCUAGAAUUAAAGCUCUACAACUUGAUUUCAAACCAUGCAUCAUUGACACAUUAAGUUACUGUCAAAUUUAAAUGUUCACAACUGAAUUCAUAUACAUUUGUCAAAGACAACAAGUACUAUCACAAUGGUAAAACUUCAGUAAAUGUGUUUACAGUACAGUACAGUACAGUACAGUACAGUACAGUACAGUACAGUACCCGAUUAUAGUAACCGACGAAGCAAGAUAUUUCCUAAUCUUGCAUGAAAUUGAAUUAAUAAUUUCAUCUGAAAUUAAAUAUUAAUGGAAUAAUGCCCAACAUUUCCCCCUUGACAAGUAAAUUUUCUUGAAUAUAGACACAGUAAACUGACAAAGUAUUGUAGAUCACAUUAAGACAUGAUAUGCAUUAUAGCCUUAUGGACUGAAAUUUGCCCUGGAUUUUUCAAAUUGAAAAUUAGGAAUUAUGUUGUUUUGUUAGCCCAUUUAUACAGGCAAGGUGCUCUGUUUAUUACUACCUGUAUGGCAAUAACACUUGAUUGCCUCACACCACAAAUUUUACUUGUCAAAGAGAGGCAGCUUGGCAUGUACAAUGAGACAAGGAUAGGUAAAAAAGAAAGACUGUAUUAAAUUAAUCAAUACACAGUAAAUCCCCUUGCUAAAGAAAUAUGUUGCAUGUUGAUGUAGGCAGCAAAUUAAUUAAUAAAGUGCCUGUAAUUACUUUCGUCCUGAAUCUGUUGAUUGCUCAAGAAUCAAUUGGAUUGCUCAAGAGAGUUUCUUUGAUGAAUUCAUUUAUACAGCAUGACAUAGUUGACACUUGUCGACAUCGAACCAAAUCAAUAUCUUGAUGUAAGACAAUCGGUUUCAAAUGGCCGGUUAUAGAUAUCAUGAUGACCAUAUCCAGGCUAUGAUUCUUUUCCAUCUGAAGUGUUUUGGCAUGUUAGUACCAACCUACAAUAUUAAAUAAUAAGCAUUUACCACAUGACAAAUGUAAAGCUUGUACUACAUCUAAGACACAUUUUACUAUUGGUUUUCAAAGUUGUGACUUCAAAAAACUUGAGUAUAAAUCAUAGCUGCAAAAACCUGGCAAUGUUCAUAGAGGAACUAAUUUCAUAUUAUAAUAUUUAUAUCAAACUAGUUUUCCAUGGUUCUGAAAUGGAAUUCAUUGAGGAAGCCAUUGUCAGUUGCCUUUGGAUCCUAAAAUUCUUAACACCAAAUAAUUGUGAGAAUUUGUACCGAGGGUCUCCCAGGGCUGGUUUUAGGGAACCAGGGAACAAUGCAUAUUUUGCAAUCAGAAUUCAAAGAAAAAAAAUGAUAGAAAACAAGGGACCAUAAAGUUUGGAAAACAAGUAAACAUGGUGAAAUCUUUGUGGGGAAAAAGGAAACAUUUGCAAGGGAAUACAUAUCCCUCAUAAUUAUGAUGCCCUAUACUAGCUCUUGUACUCUACAGUGAAAUAUUAGUUUUUGCACCUUAAUUAUUUGAAGCUUGAGCCAUCACUGGUGCUGCAAAGAAAGCCAUGACCAAUUCUUCUUCUCAAUAUGCCUACUGAAUAAUAUAAAAAACUUAUAUCAGAUUCUAAAAACAUAAAACCUUCGUCACGUUUCAAAGGUUGCCCUCUUUUGACCAUAAACGUAUCGCAUUUUAUAAAUUUUAUACACAAACAGAAGCUAAUUUUUAUGAAAAACAGGACAGAUCUCGUCCUGAUUUAUUUGACUUUGGGGUAAACUGCUAUUUUAAUACUUGGACUCUUGGUCUUUCAUGAACCGUCUUUCUCAAGAAAGGCGGCCUGCCUUCUGGAAAAAACUCGCCUGGCACACCAUGUAAAAUUUGCUGAAGGUCCAUUUCAGUCUUACACGAAAGAAAUACUAUUUCAAUCUGCACUAGAAGUAUUUUAAAUGUUGACAGCCUGGACAGUCGCCGUGUGUUUAGCCUGUUUGAACGCGAAACCACCACAGGCUUGUUUGUAGGAAAAUUGAAUGCAAUAUACCAAAAAUAUAAUAUAAAAGUCCAUAAGACACAACCUUACCUUCAAAUAUAUAUUCUAAACCAGUACACCGGUACUCUUCUGGCAUUUUUCUGUAAAAAUAUCCAAGUUUAAUCAAGAAAAUUUUGUGCUAAAACCUGAAGUAGAAAAUCUCAACAAAUAAAUGAAGAAAAGAGCGGGAAAAUAAUUAUCCCGGUCGGGAAAUUGAACUCUUGUUGAUUACUGGAUGCUAAUUGGACAGAUUCCUAACUAACUACCGGGGAAAAUUUCCCUCGGCACUUUGCGUCUCCUUGGCAAAUGUAAACAACAAAAAGAUUUGUAGAUUUCAUAUAUUUUUUGAUAUGUCCGUGUACGGAGAAAUAUGCAGCAAGUUGGACAAAAAAUCGCACUGCGAGAAAGUAAGUACUCUCGAUAUAAUAGGCUCUUUUGAUAAUGGGCCCUAUUGACUGCCCAUUGUAUUAAAGCUUUUUGCUUUUAUGUUUAAAAUAUAGGUGGUUCCAUAGUUGCAAUUACUAUACUAUACUGUUCUAUUAUAGUGUACUGCCUGCUACUCUUCUAGAAAAAACUGCACUGUGCAGUGCCUUACUACAGUGCCUUACUGUAAUGUGUAGUACAUACUAUAUGUCUAUAUUGACUGGUUGGUUCCAUACUUUUAAUAUUGUGUUCUGCCAUACAGCACUGUGUGGUGCUGUAUUUAUACUAUACUGUGGUGCCAUGCAUACUACAUUGUGGUGUUGCUCUAUGCUGUAUUGUGUGAUUCUGUAUUCUUCUGUGUUGUGGUGCCUUCUGUGUGAGCCAUACUAUACUAGAGCUAGCAUGCUUCGCUCUGCAGUACACAGCCCAAGACAGACCAGUAUGGCAGAGUAGUGUCAUACAUUACAGUACACUAUAAAACAAAGUAUGGCAUGCCAUGCUCUAGUAUAUAGUAUGGCUCAGUACGGUACGGUACAGUACAGUAUGACAGAACACAAUUAAUAUCAAAAGUAUGGAACCAACCAGUACAAUAUAGAUAUACAGUAUGUACUAUACACUACAGUAAUGUACUGCACAGGGCAUAUACUAUUGCUGGGCCAUGCUUUACUGUGUGGAAUGUUUAUAUACUGUACUGUGGUGCCAUACAUGCUAUAUUGGGGUCUUGUAGAUGGAAAUUAUCAAGUGGAAAUUUAUACACAUUUAUUAGACCUAUUAACCAGGAACAGCUGCAAAAAAUGCAACUAUAUAGGUCCCUGGCAGGAAUAUAUAUAUAUACAUAUACCUACAGUACCAUUCUGUAUUCGCAGAUUCGCCCAUUCUGUAGCCGACGGUGCUUCUAUCUGCUAUAUGUAGUGCUUUUCUGUCUUUAGCGGUGUGGUAUAUUCCAUUCAAUUAUGUCCAAUAUAUUAUGUUAUUAAUUUUUCUAUGCUUUGUUGUGCCAUAAUACCCCACUAUAUAGUGUGCUAGACUGUGCUAUAGUGUAUGCUGUAUUAAUUGCACUGUAUUAAACUGUUCUAUACCAUACACGUAUAUGCUAAGCUGUGUUGUAUUGUAUUCAGUUGUGUCAUACUCCUGCUGUGCUGUGCUGUGGUAUGCAGUGCCAUAUUGCACUAUAUUGUGCUGUACUGUGAUGUGUUACGUACACUGUUUUGAAUAUGCUUUACUGUUUUUACUGCACUACUAUACCAUACUGUGUGUAUACCAUACUUUACCAUAUCUUAAUGUGUUGAGCUGUCUCAUAUUGUAUUGUUGUGCCACACCGUACUCUACUGUUCAAGUGCCAUACAGUGAUUAUAUGCUGUACGGUACUAUAUGCAGUGCCUUUACUAUACUGGCUAUGUUACUACACUACAUUGUGAAUAUGAUGUUGCACUAUUCUGUAUUGUUCUUUACUUUUUUGUAUGGCACCACUAUGUGAUAUACCGCUCUGUGCCAUAUACCCACUGUGCUAUUAUUUGUGUCAUAUUGAUUUGUACUGUGCUGUUGUGUACUCAGUUAUGCUGUACAGUACAGUACAGUACUGUUCUGUUCUGUGCCAAAUGGCUGACAGUGUAUUAUUAUUCUUGUGAUGUGUUGCACUAUGCUGUGCCAUAUUAACACUACGGUACAUAGGUUGGACUGGGCUGUGGUAAACUUUUUUUGGCCCAUGACGCCCUACUUUAGUAUUUUACUUUGUAUAAUCCCAGACGAUUUUACUAAUUCUCAAGGCUGAGAAGGUAUUGCACAUAGCUCAAACAAUCACCUCAAACUGUAUUGUGCUGCACUGAAUUGUUAUGUGUUAUAAACUUUGCUGUAUUUCACUGCAUGUGCUACCGUAAUCUGAACCAUAUGGGAAAUUGUGCUGUACUGUCCUUUGAUGUACUGCAUUCUCAGGAAUAUAAUUGUACUGUAAUGUACUGUGCUAUGCAAAAUUGUAAUAUAUUUUGUUGCACUGUAAUGAAAUUUACUGUAUUUUGUGUUGUCAUGCAUAGCUAUCAUGUCUUGUUUUAACUAAUCAAUAGUGCAUUGUAUUGUACUGUAUGACAAGGUACAAUGUAAUUGCUAUGUUUAAAUUUAAUGUAAUAAAACACAUCACAACAGAAUAUUAGAAAUAAGUUGUAAUAAAACACUGCAUCAUUGAGCUGCUGUGACCAAGAAUGUCACUCCUCUCAUCUGAAUAUUUAUAUUAAACACGAAAUAAAACAUGUUCUCUUACCUGAAACAUGAAUAAUGUAGUUCUUGUUUCCCUUUUGUAUACGUUGUCACGUUCUUUUUCUUGAGUGCAGUUGAAAGGAAAGCAAUCUGAGCGAGUUAAAACUAUUAAAAAUAGCCGAAAACACGACGCCAUUUUGCUUCCAGGCUCCUAUAACAAAUAACUCCAAUAAAGGGAGUUAUAUUUGAAUAACUCCACUAACUAGUUUGCCAGCGUCCUCUAACUCCUCAAAAAGAGUUAUUAUAACUCCUGAUAUGGGGUUAACAUAGCCCUAAAAUUUUAACUCCACCAAAAAGGAGUAAUAGGGGAGUUAUUUUAACUCCCUGGAAAUCUGUUACUCCUCUCACAGAGUUAUUUUAACUCCAAAUUUGGAGUUAAACUAACCUUAAAAUUUUAACUUCACCAAAAAGGAGUAAUAGGGGAGUUAUUUUAACUCCCUGAAAAUAACAGUGUAGUCACUGGCGUCGGGAAGCUAUAAGGACCGUAAUGUAGCAGUUAAAUUAAACAGUUUAGGAUGAGGAUGGACGAGGAUGAGCCAAUAGCGGCCAUAUUGUUGUGACCACCGCACACUGGUGUGACCUACAAUAGUGUUCCUGACAUGUUAGAGAAGGUUCUUUUGUUGUUUUCAUGAUUUGUAUAGGAAUAAAAAUAUAUCGUAUCGAGAGAAAUUGGUUAUUAGGGGUGGACCAUAAGAUAUCUGAUGGGGGCGGGGGGGGGGGUGUAAAUCCCAAAAAUAAUCGAGCAAGCACUUCUGAUUUAAAAAAAAUUUUGAGCAAAACAACUAUGACUGAAAAAAAAUAUCCAUGCACCCCUUAGUGACCUCUCUUCGUUCUAAAAUUGACCAAUGAAUAAUGAAUAAUGAAUAACGUCGCACGAGUAUGGGCGCCUCCAUUUUCAUUGUCUGCAGCUUAAAUCGAUCUAAAACUCAUAUCUUUCAGGAAGACUGCUAGCGGUUUCAAAAGUGGGGAAGUGGGUGGUCAUCCCACUGAUCUCAAAAUAUUGCCGAUUGCCAGGAGUGGAAUGAGCCAACUGCUAAGAUUUCAGUUUAAAAGAAUGAAAACAUAUGAAAAAGCCGUUUCAUACAAUGAGCUGUAAAGCAAUUUUUUAAAUUUUACUUUAAAUAAAUGACAAGAAGAGAUACAAGACUGGAAAUGAUGAAAUAUAAAGCAAGUUUUUUUUUAUUUGUAAACGUGUACGUUGUUUUCGGGUUUUCCACUUGCCUCCUAAAUUGCCCUAUUUUAUAUUAAAAAAAGCUUAUAGAAUUAAAAAAGAACUAAGUUAUUUCCAAGAGCGAACUGUACAUAUGAUUGAAAUGAAUUCGUUGCAAGUAAUAAAAAGACUAAGUUAAAUAGUUGAUUCAAUCGGCAAAAACUGCCAAACAAUUGACCACUUGCGUAAUGGACUAAAUUUGAUCUAGACAAAAAUUUCACAACAGCUUGAAAGAGCAUCACAAAAUUAGUAAUAUUCCAAAGUUUCGUUGCGAAAUGUUGUAAAAUGCGGAUAAUGUAGCCUUGCGAAAUUUGCAAUUUUUAGUCAUUUUAGAUUACAAACAGGAAAUUGACAGCGAUCUAUUACGAUGCUGCAAUUAUCCAAACUUAAAUUUUGACAAAAAUACUCGCAUUGAUUUCACUUCUAUUUGAGAAUAAUAGGAUAUGCCUGCGGUGUCUCAAACGUUUGAGUCCAGUAUUAUCAGUAUUUUAGAAUUAUGCGGCCUGUGGCGCCGCCAAGAUUUUAUUGGGGGGGGGGGGGGGGGCUUAUCGACUUAAUAAUUAGUGAGUCACAAUUCCAGAAGGGUCCUGGCGCAUGCUCCACCGAAUGUUGGGCGUCCGAAAUGCCAUUUCGUGUAUUGUGGAGAAAAAUAUAAAUGUCUCAAUAAAUUACCUUAGUUUAAAGGUAGUUUUCCACUAGGCGGAAUUUUCCGCGCUGAGCGGAAUUUCUCUUUGUCUUGUGAUUUCUCGCGUGCAACUACAGUGUAAUUCGAAAAGACAAAGAGAAAUUCCGCUCAGCGCAGAAAAUCACUUUAGCAGUGCCAAAUAAUGAUUUGAGAUGAGAUGAGAUGAGAUGAGGGUAUUGUAGAAUAACCCAUAAAGUCAUUUUUUAUCAUGAAUUGAAAUUUUGACAUUUUUUAUCAUGAAUUGAAAUUUUGACAGUCAUCAAGUUUCGUUUGAUCAUGUUCUAUAUGUUCCAAAUUUCCAGGUUUUCGUUGACGUGACGAUAGGUGGUGAAAAAGCUGGCCGUAUUGUUAUUGGUCUGUUCGGCGAGGUCGUUCCAAAAACCGUGAGAAAUUUUGUAGCAUUAGCUACCCAUGAGGUAAAGUGUAAAGCCUGCCGCUCCAUGACGAAAUUUACUGAGUUUUGCGUGGCUAGCUCAGCAUGUUUUUCUGGUGUGCGAAUAUUUUUCCUGAGGAUUUAACCUGAGGGAAAUAUCUAUCGUUUUCGAUAUUUCUCACCUCGCGAGAAAAAAAAUCUCAUCGUCUGCGGAUGCGAGCUUAGUGGUGAGCUGCUUGAAUUAACUGGCCAAUGAGAACCCAUAGUCCCUUCAUGUGAUUUUGGUCAAAGUGGCGACAAUGCAAACGAUCAUAUCAACGAUGUUGCUGUUGAGAAAUUUUCCCAACGUAUACAGUAAACACGAAGCUCUAGGAAGAUGUUCUGUGACUGGUUGAUUAUGACAAUGACAAAAGACGUAAUUGUCUUACAUAAACAAAAGGAAUAUUGUUCCUGCUUCGUUCUUUAGAAAAUCUAUUCGAUAGCUUAUUCUUUUGUCAUUGUCAUAAUCAACCAAUCGCAGAACAUCUUCCUAGAGCUUCGUGCCGACCCAACGUAUGCAGUGAAAAUGCGCAGCUAAGCUAAAACUUAACGCCACGCAAAUUUCUCUCGUGUGUGGCAGGCUUAAGCUAAUUUUUUUUUUUUGAGGAGCAUAUACAGCUAUUUCAAUUAAGGUUGUCCACGAGCAAAGCGGAAAAGUCGAAUACGAGCGCGAAAGGCUGCUGGGAAUCGCUAUGAAAGUUCAUUCAUUUGUUAGCGAUUCCCAGCAGCCUUUUACGCUCGUAUUCGACUUUUCCGCUUUGCUCGUGGACAACCUUAAUUGAAAUAGCUGUAUACAAUAUUUCAGCACAUUGGAAAUACAACGAAGUAAAUUAAAUAAUCGUCGACGUACCGUGAGGAAUGCUUUAUUUAAGGCGGUUUUCCAGUCCUCGCUCGAAGCUCCUCGCUGCGAGUGCUUGCAUCUAAUUAAAAUGAACUGUUUAGCAUUGUGAUUGGAUGAAAGUGCUCAUGCAUAACAGGUAGGCAAUUUGUCUGCGCAUGCGCGCAGAAAAUCAAUAUGGCGACAUAUAUCAGGAGUGUUUCGAGGAUUUAUCUGGUUUUAAAGCUGAUAAAACAACAUUUUAAUGAACGGAAACUUUGUAAUAUUUCGUGGAAAACAUUAAGCUGUGCAUUCCAAAGGUUUUAAAUAAAAAUAAGUACUUUUGCUUUAUUUUAUUGCUUUUUAUCCUUUGAAAACAGGCAAGCUCAUAUUUUUGGAAUAUUUUUUAUCUAAUAUUUUACCCAUUAUUUGUUGAACAAAAAUAGAUAGAACACUUGGCUAUAUAAGUUAUAAAGGUAUUGUUAGCUGAUCUGAAAGAUUUCAGUAUUCCAGGUACACAAUUUGACAAAGAAUAAAAUUAAAAUAUAUGCAUAUCAAAAACAAUGGUUUUAUUAGAACAACACAGAAUAAGUUGUUAUUUUCUAUUUUUACAAAAAACAAGUUUGAAAACAGGAUCUAGUCCUCCAGCUUGAUGUCAUAUUCCAUUUAUUUGGAUAUUUGAAUAAAGGAAUGUGAAAUAAUAAUUGAAACUUGUCCAAAAUUUGAUACCAACACUGGAAUGAACAGAUACUAUCACCUAAAAAUAAAAGAAAACAGAACCUAAAUUUAUCAUAUAAUGCUAAGAAAAAAUCUUAGAUACUACAUGCAUAUAGUGAACACAACUCUCUAACAAAUUCACUAAAAUAAGUCAAGUUAUGUUACGAUAAGAGGAUGGCAAUAUAUGACAACAUCAAAUAUUACCAUCUUCAGUGUCCAAAAAAAGUGCCGCGCGCAUUUUUCGUGGUCGCAUAACUGGCAUUGCCACAAACCCAGGUGAAAAAGCAAUUAGAAAAACCUGGUUUUGGGUGAUGAGCAUAGUCAAUUUCUUGACUUAUUCAAUUUUCUAAGUUUUUCCAGGUAAACAGGUUCAACAUUGAAAUAAUCCCCAUUCGGGAUCUCAUAGGGUCCAAAGUAUUGUGUAUGGACCAGAUUUUUUUCAAUUUUCUGUGAUUUACAUAACACUAGUUAUAAUUUAAGGGUCAACCAGUAUUGUUCAAGACAUAUUUUCCUUCCAGAACACCUUUUCAAAAUACUAACCCAAGCAUGUCAAAAAUAGUGUACAUUUACAAGGGCAAUUUCAACCUCUUGGCACAUUUUUCCCAUGAAUGAUUUUAAUUCUAAUAUAAAGACUAUAGAUAAAACUUUGAUUUAAAGCUAGUUUCAAGUGAUGAGCAUACCCUAAAUUUUAAGCUAUAUCUCAAAGAAGAUAGGUCAUUUCAACAUAAACAUUGAAAUAUGGGUAUACUGACAGCUCUGUCACACGUGUAGUUUGACAUUAGCAAACCUUCUGAAACAUUUUAAUGAAAAUAUAAUUCACAAAGUUCACAUUUUUACUUACUUCUUAACAUCUGUUUUAAUCCAACUAGCUCUGUAGGCACCAGCAAAAUUUAGUGUUGAUGUAAAUAUCCAUUUUGUUCAUGUUUCCCCGGUGAAAAUAUAGUCUAUUCCAAAGCUGAUUUCGACGUACUUUAGCUUUUCAGAAAUCGUUGGCAUUCCUCAGUGAGAUUAUUAACUGUUUCACAAACAUAUUUGAUAGUAAACAGCUAAAAUAUUCUCCGAAAGUCUAUAUUUUUGCUCUUCGACGCGAAAAUGGAAACUCAAAGAAGAAAUGAGCCGCUAUUUUUGAUCAGCGUCGACAAAUUGCCUACCUGUUCUCAUGCAUCACUCGCAGCGAUCUGCGAGGAGUUUCGUGGGAGGACUGGAAAACCGCCUUUACUCUGCUGUGCCAGGAGGAAUGCUUUAUUUACUCUGCUGUGAGGAAUGCUUUAUUAAUUAUUUGCUGUGCCGCGAGGAAUGCUUUAUUUACUCUGCUGUGAGGAAUGCUUUAUUAAUUAUUUGCUGUGCCGGGAGGAAUGAUUUAUUUUGUUUGAGCAAAUUUGUCGAUCAUUUUUCAGCUUAUGAGUCCGAUGGUGUUAUUUUCUGUUAAGGAUAAUAUUAUUCUCUUUCUGUUAUUUUUCCAGAAAGGCUUUGGCUUCAAAGGAAGUAUUUUUCACCGAGUAGUUAAAAAUUUUCUAAUUCAAGGUAAGUUGCAUAUACCGUACACUCUAUUCAUAAUUCAUUACUGCAUAUAUUGGCGCAUUAUUGCAUUUGGUAACAAUUAAUGAAGCAAUCAAAGUGGACAUUGUUGAUUUAAAUGAUCUGAUGCAGUUUCCUUUUUUCUGCUAAAGUAGCCCCUGUGGAAGCUCCAUUAGGGAGUUUAAGAUGCUGACAACGAACAACGGGUACGGAGUACGGUUGAAAGCUUGUUUUCGCAUUACUUUAAUAGAGGCAGACAAAAUUUACAUAUCCCCAGGGCAUACUUUUCACCGUAGCGACCUUGGCUGCAGCGUAAAAAUCACAUUCUUGUGUUGUAAAACAGAAUCAAGAACAUAGCACCAAAACUGACUACGCAACGUUGCAAGUUGAAGAGUAUUUUUAUAAAGAAAUGAUGAAAAUUAAAAGAUGAAACUUACCGAGCACAAAACCAUGCACAUAAAACAUAUUUGGGAUAAUUUUUUUAUAACAAUCAUUUAGUAUUUGCAUACAUAUUUAGCAAAAAAUAUUUCAACCGUAGUCGAUAGUUCGUCGUGAAGAUCUUAAACUCCCUAAUGGGGGACGGACACCCCCCUUUUAACGGUCUGUGCAAGUUUAGGUAGUGCCAAUAAUAACUUCGAUUGGUAGGGAAAUUCGAGGCCCUCUGUCGGUUAUGAUAGCCUAUCAAGAUAUGAUCUGGAAACUGAACAGCAGUAGUUGUAUUAUGUUUUGUCUGAGUUUAUUCUAACUUUGUGCACGGUCACGGUCAUUGAGCACAUUGUAUUUUCGUGUAAUUAAGUAACCGUCCAAUAGGAUAGCUGAGAUAAAAUGUUCAACCAGGAUGAAUAAUAUUUAAUGAAGUUGAGACAAAUUACAAUUUGUGCACGGAGAAGUACAGUUCAACAUGAAAACAAGGUCUUCUAUUUUGUGGCUUUGAAGUUUGGCGGGCUUCCAGACCAUCAUAUCUUGACGCACUAUGCCUUGGGGAAGUUAGUCAAGUUCACUUCCCGACGAAGGGCCUUCGCUCGAAACGUCGAAUUUCUCGUAGUAUUUUUCAGGUAGUUGCAGUAGCGUAGCCAGCCCGACGAUUUAGUCCCGCUAUGCAAAUAUUUUCGUGUUCAUUGACUGUGAAAACAAUUAAUUUCUAAAGAAAUGAAUAAUGAUAAUAAUUUUGAAUUUGCAUAGCGGGACUAAAUUGUCGGGCUGACUAUGCCACUGGGUAGUUGCAUCCCCCCAGUUUUUGCAUGGAUAUUUUUAAUAUAAUCUAUAAUAAAUGAGUCUAAUGUUCGGUUUCGUCCAGAAUGAAUUUUCGCUCUUGCAAUAGUAUGUAUAUCAGUAUAUGGUUGACAUGACGAUGAUCUUUUACUAUAGGCCUCUAGGGAGAUCGGUUUAGAAAACUAAAAAUUAAACAAUUGCAAAUUAAAAUAAAAAGUCAUGGCCCCUUAAAAAUCUCCAAAUUAGUGAUCUUGUUUCAAUGGUCGAAAUACGAGGUAGUAUUUUUUAGCAUUAAAUUUAAACGAAUAUAAUGAUGACAAUUACAACCGCGAAAAACAAUCCCAUAUGGAUUAGGAUUACAAAUCGUUAGAAACUUAUAUGGGGUAUUUCUUAAAGUAGUUUUAAUGUAAAGUUAUCUUACAAAUACUUGUUUCAUGAUUUUUCUUAAAUUAACAUUAGCUGUAUAGACUUGUAUAUUUUUGCAAUGUAUAUUAUAGCAAAAAUAUGUAAUAAAAUAUAAAUUUUUAAAUGAAAUUGACUUGUCUAUUAGAUAGUGUGUUCUCCCAUAGUUAAUACUGUAGUUCUCCUUUUAUUCCUCUUCUGUUGGACUAAUAUUUUCCAAGACUUUGCACUCGAUCAGUCUCGAUGGUAUUUGCAUGAUCCUUGCGAGAUUGGGACACUUCUGGUGCAAUUAAUGAUUUUCGAUGGCUGCAUGGGGGGAGCGGGAAAUCAAAACAAUAAGUACAAUAUGGCGGGGAAAUUUAUCUUUAUCUUGUAUAAAAACCACAUGGACGAAUCUUUGGCACAAGAAUGAGUUUAAAAAACAUUGUAUGGCAAAAAGAGCCUGUGGAGAAUAACUGGAAACAGUUUUAAGAAAUAAUCUCGGCGAGGUGCAGCGAAACGUGACUAUGUAUUAAAGUCUGUAAUACAAUUUAUAAAGAUUUUCUUAAUACUCUGAACAUAUGUUAUUUGAGUAUGAAUAAUUUGUCCUAGUUUAAGUUAUGUGCCUUUAUAAGUUUAUGAUCAUUUCCCAAGUUUGUGUAUGCCAAAUUGUUUACAAUAGAAUUAAAAACUCUUGACAAAAUGAAGUUAAAUUUUAAGGAAAACUAUUUUGUCAUCAUGCCAUGCAUAAAGUAAAUAAAUAAUCACAUGGGCAAGUCGUGCGAUUAAUUAUUAACGGCUUGUGCAAUUUUGGCACAUUUUACAAAUAUCACUCGUAGUGUUGAUCAUUAAUUGCACUCCUUCCCAUGUGAUUACCGCAUUGACAUUUAUAUUAAGUGAACUAUAAUUGCUGAUGUUUUAUGAUUAUUGUACAUUAUUUUUCGUGCCCCCCCCCCCCUACCUUUCUUUGAUAUUUUUGGUAGCCCUCCCUAAGUGGUUAAUAAAUUUUUGGUGCCCCCCCCCCCAAUAUCUUCCGUCCCCACCACCGGCAUUAAGAAUGACUGCUCCCUUAUAUGAUACAAUUGACAUGCCCACCUUUUACUUUCAUAUUUGCAUAGGAGGAGAUAUUCUGCGAGGAGAUGGAAGAGGACGUAUGUAUUAUUUUUUCUUGAAUUGUGAGAGGUCGAAGAUGUUGAAUUUCCGGGUUUUUGAAAUGGUUUGAUUAACCCUGUUUAUUUGUAUAUGUAUUGAAACGCAUAUGUACAGUACUUGAGGAGCAAAAAUUCACUAUUCUAAGAUUCACAUUCUAGUCAUGAUCAUGUGACGUCAUUAAAUACAGGAAGUUCCCUAUUUUCUGCCAUUUCUGCAAAGUGACCCAGUUACUUCGUAUUUAGAUAACCUAAGUUCAAUAUUUCAGUCAUUUUGAUGGAAGCCUCGUACUGCGGCAGUAAAUAUGGCUUCCUUUUAAUUUUCAGGUAUUAGUGCUUAUGGUGAAAUAUUCGACGACGAGAAUUUCAAACUCCAUCAUUAUGGUGCUGGAUGGAUUAACAUGGCAAAUUUUGGAAAGGAUUCAAAUGGUUCGAUGUUUGCCAUAUUUACCGUAAACACGCCUUGGUUAAACGACAAACAUGUUGUAUUUGGUAUCGUACUUGAGGGGAUGGUAUGUGAACAAUACUCUUCUUUUUUUAUACAAUAAAAGUUGGUCUCAUCGAAUCACUGGAAAUCAUGAUUGGCACAUGCGCUGCCCAUUACCUUGAGUUAUUACUGUAUGUAGACAAGUGACCAGUCCGAAUAAUAAUAAGGGUAAUAAAUUUUGGGAAUAAUGCAAAACAAAGUCUGAAAAACAUCACCUGGAGAAAUCCUGCCCUGGUUCCAGAGACUCUUGAAGAACUAUGAGGCAAAAUGGCGCGGCGAAAGAAAUACGAGGCGAAAGAGCAUCUGGUCAAAUCGAUUGCAAAUCUCAUUUCCAUACUUAAUUAUGUUCAGAACCUGAACCUCCAUCUGAAAGGCCUUUUGUAAAAAUAUGUUGCAAACCGGUUUGGAAAAUAAACAAACAAUGAACUAAUUCUAGCCUGCUAAAUGUAGCAAUGAUUUUAAAACUGUAUAUUAAUAUACAAAUAGUCAAGUAAAGGCCUAAAUGCCUAUAAUUCCACCAACAGCGAAAUCAGCCAACAAUUUUCACGCGAAAACACACUUAUGCGAAAAUGUUCUCUCCUAGUGAUUUUCACGGUAAAGAAAAAUUCGCCAAACACAAGCAUUUGAUUGGCUUCGCUAUUUUGUCAUCCAAAACACAAGCAUUUGAUUGGCUUCGCUAUUUCCAUUUCGCCACAAAGUAGAAACGAAUUUCAUUUCGCCACGAAGUAGAAACGAAUUCAAGAGAAAUAUUUCGCAGAGAAACACUCCAAAAUCAUGUUGCGCAUGCGUUCAACCUUUACGAAAUUUUUUGCAUUUCGCUCGUUGUGGAAUUAGGCCUUAAGGAAGUGAGAUUCGCAAUCAAUUUGACCAGAUCGAUGCUCUUUUAAGAACCUCUGGAACCAGAGAAUUAAAACAAGAUUUAGACUAUCGAUAUCUCGGAAUAGGCCUGGGAGUAAACCUACAGUAGGAACGAUCCUAUUUACGAAGGUUGAUUAAUUUAAUAAGCAUUUGGAAUAGGUAUGGACAUAUGAAGGUUAUGACUACCUACAAUUUAGGUUAUUACUGUCACAGUAUAUGUCGGUUAAUUAAUAACCAUUGGCCAGGGAGCUAGGCAUCCAUGAUGUGAUGUGCUAUACAGCCCGGCAAAUAUAUACUGGCUAUACAGUAGACGCACAAUUUGCCUAAUUAAUGUUGAGUAUCAGUGGAUCUAGCCUGCAGUGGAUCAUGCGUGCAAGCCCGCAGUUUGUAUCCUUCGUUGCCAAUUAUUUUCAGGUGGACAUGAAAUUUUCGCCUGUCUUGAUUGCGCGCAAUCUCAGCGUUUAGUAAGAUAUCAUUUAUUGAUACGGCUUAAACGUUUCCCCCGAUUUUAUACCUGUACAAUCUGCCUGUUCAACGUGUACACUUAUUACCCAAUUACGAGUACAAUAAGACAAAACUGGUAUAAGUAUAAAAUAUACCUGACUUGUAGUGGGGCAUGGUAUAAGUCCAUUGGUUCAAAGUUACCAUAGUUACCAAAUCACCAAUUAUGUAUGCCAUUAUUUAAAAGCACGUAAUUUUGACAUUGACUCUUCAACUUCAAAAUCUCGGAUUUGAAACAUAUUUCUCCAUAAUAAUGGCCUCAUUAAAGUGUAUAACUAAAAUUUUAACGUACGGCACGGCAAAUAUUAUAAAUUUUUGAAACCUUCUUGGUGCGACGUUAAACCAAGCACUUAUUUAAAAACAAUGGUUGCCAGACAAAAUUCUCGUUUUGUUUGCACAAAGAACCUCAAAAUGAGAAAAAAAGGAAAACAACGCUAGUUUAUGCUGUGAAUAUGAAAAUAAAUUUAAAAUAGGGCAUUAACAAUGCACGUGAAGGUUCGGGCGUGGGCGCUUAAUUAAAAUAUGAGGUGUUUGAUGGAGGGCGGUUCUAAAUCCAUCAUUUAUCCAGUAUACUUAUUGUAGUGAUGUAUUUUAGGAUGUCGUAAUGAAAGUUGAGAAUAUGGAAGUUGGUUUUGAAGACAAACCGAAGACGGAAUGCGCAAUUUCAGAUAGCGGCGUUCUCCCUUUGGAUAAACCAUUCCGAGUGGAAAAGAAACCAGUUAAAUUUUAACAAAGCUAAUACAUGUAUUGACAUUUUAAAUAUGGUCCUGUCCUGGUUCGUCGCCGUUCGCACUAUGGCUAACUUUUUAAAUCGCUAAUUUAACUUUACAGUUUUCAUAUGUAUGGUUUAUCCUCUAAACCUACACAUGUACUUCCGCACGGGGGGAAAGGCGUAGAAAAUCUUUCUCCUAUACCUAAACCGAAAUAAUUCCAGUAAAAGGGUUACAAAAUAUCCGUAGGUCUUUAAUGUAAUAUACAGUAGGUCUAUUAAAUACAUCACUUAGACCCAAAAUAGUAGCUUAUAUAUAAAUAUCAUUGAAAAUCUGUCGUUCUCAGUCUAAAAAGGAAACAAGAUGAAAAAAAGUUGGACGAACGGAAAACACUAACCUAAAAUGACUAAGUGUUUGUAACACGUUUUGUAGAAAAUUUACUCUUUCGUUUUGUUGUGUUACAUUAUUGCUGUAAUAAUAAACCAACGAUAAAACAUUUUCAUAUAGGUUUUCAUAAAAUAAAAUUUAGAUCAAAUUUUUGUUGCCAUUUCCAAUAAUUACAACACUGAUGAAACGACAGAAUACGAUCGAAAUAGACAGAGGAAUAUGCAUGUAGAC